AUGGUAUUUAAAGCAACAGCGUCGUUAAUAGCUCGACUUAGUCGAGCAUUUGUUUCUCGACCAUUUAAACCUACAUUUAACCAUCGUAUUUAUCAAAAACCUCCUUUGAAUAAAACUCAUCAGGUUUAUUCAAAACAUGCCCCAAGAUUUUAUUUAUUUCCAUCGAUUAAUCGUUCAAUUUUUCUUACACAAAAUGGACAAAAUAUGUCGAAUUUAAUGCCGUUUCGAAUGGCUUUGAAUGAAAUAAAACGACGAUUAUUUUUUGCUGCACCAAGUAGUUCUCGUCUUAUUUUGGGUCUACUUGGCUAUUCAUUUGUUCAACAAGGACCCAUCAAUAAUUUUCGUUUCAAUGAAACAUUCAAUAAAAUUGGUGAUCUUCUUUCGAAAACUACUAUCGUGGAUCAAUUCAACGAUGAAAACGAAAAAUAUAAUCGAGCAUCACUCGACGACUAUGAACUAGGUCGUUUACUUGGUUGUGGUUGUAAUGCAGCUGUAUAUGAAGCAAGACUUCGUUCGCCAUCAACAAAUUCUACGAUGCCAUUAGAAAAACAUACAAUUGAACAUGAUACUGAAAUACUUUCACGCCAAUCAUCAAAUAGUUCAUCGGUCUAUGAAGAUAUCAAUCAAAAUGAUGAUAAUAAAGAAGAGCAACUCAACGAGCUAACACUUAAAGAAGUUCGAUAUCGAGUGUCAACGAGUAUGCAGCAAACAUCUGAUAUCAACUCCGACGUUUUACCCGCUGGCCAAUUUAAUUUAGCAAUAAAAAUGUUAUUUAAUUAUGGUAUUCAAUCAAAUGCUGAAGCAAUUGAAAAAGCUAUGGAAAAAGAAUUAUUACCUCUACGUAAAUGUUUUCAUCAUCCGAAUGUUGUUCGGAUGUAUUCCUGUUUUGUUGAUUCAUUUCCAUUAUUAAAUGAAGCACAUGCAUCCUAUCCAAUGGCGAUUCCGACUCGUCUAGACCCGGGUAGUUGUGGACAAAAUAAAACAUUGUUUAUCGUUAUGCGACGUUACGAUUUAACAUUUAAUCAAUAUAUUCAAUUGAAUCAGCCAAAUACUCACGAACGUUUAUUACUUUUUGCACAAUUACUCGAAGCUUUAUUAUAUUUAAACAAUCAUUCGAUUGCUCAUCGAGAUUUAAAAAGUGAUAAUUUACUUAUAUGUAAUGAAACCGGUGAAUUAGUUCUGGCAGAUUUUGGUUGUGCACUUUAUCAUCCACCUGAUUUAAAAAUUUCUUAUCAAACAGAUGACAUUUGUAAAGGUGGAAAUCCUGCGUUAAUGGCGCCUGAAAUUUCAACAUGUCAACCCGGUUCAAAACGUUUUCUCGAUUACAGUAAAUCUGAUCUUUGGGCAAGUGGAACUCUGUGUUAUGAAUUUUUUUCGCAAUCAAAUCCAUUUUUUCAUGGUACACUUCGACCAGAUAAAUAUGAUGACGAAAAAUUACCAUCAUUGUCAUCAAAGGCACCGAUAAUUAUUGAACUACUUGCACAUUCAAUGCUUCGAAAAAAUCCUGAAAAGCGUCCAUCUAUAUCACUUGUAAGCAACUGUGUUCAUUUAUGUCUUUGGUUCAAAACCUUAAAGUCCCAAACUGAACUUUAUCAAGCAUAUAUGUGGACAGCGUUGGAAACAUUAUUUCAUAAGCACACAUUAACCCGCGUUGAAAUUAAUUUAAAAAAGCUUUUCUUCGAACGACAAACCUGUCAAUCACUUUACCGAGCGCAAGCCUUUCUCAAUCAACUUCAAGUUUGA